GAGCAGAUGCAUUGUGCAGGAACUGCACUCUCCAAUCAGAAACCACAACAAACACUUUGAAUUACCAUAACUUUUGGAAUAACACUGAACAAUGGCAGAUAAGGUUAUCGGAUCCGAACGUUGGGUAACCGAUUCAUUCGGUGGAAAAGUACGGAACGAUGACGACGUGGGUGAGCAGCGGAGUGUUAAUUGGAUUUCUAUGGCUUCUGGGGAUUCCCACGCCGAUAUUCGGUGGAAAUGUUCUGGCCGUUUAUCCGCACUUUGGUUUCAGCCACUUCAAAGUGGUGAUGCCGAUACUGAAUGAGUUGGCCAAGCGUGGACAUGACAUCACAGUGAUCUCGUAUGUGAAGAAUCCCCAAGCGAAAGGCUUUCCCAACUACGAGGAACUGCUGAUCUCGGCGCCUGGAGAGGAUCAGUCGCGGACUACCAUCAAUUUGGUUCCCCUCACGGAAAAUACUCCCACCCGAUCCCUGGGAGUACUUCGGGAAUAUAUAGCGCUGCAUGAUGAGGGUCAGGAGACGUGUGAGCACCUCUUCGCCAGUGGACACAUUGAAAGGGUCAUCGAAAGGCACCAAGCCAAGCCCUACGAUCUACUACUCACUGAGUACUUCAACUCAGAUUGCCAACUGGCCUUGGCCAAGUUAAUGAAUCUCCCAAUCAUCGGGUUGAGUACGUGUGCACUCAUGCCCUACUACUACGAUCGCAUCGAUCUGCCAGAUACACCUGCCUUUAUACAAUCGGAAUUUGUGGGCUUUGCCGGGCAACUGAAAUGGCAUGAGCGCUUACUUAACUUUAUUCAAGCCAAGUUAUUAAAGUUCCUCUACAAAUACCACUCAAAUGCGGCUGACAACGAACUAAUACGAAAGUAUCUUGGAGUGGAAAUAGACGUGGAGGAAGUGGCUCGCACCCAAACAGCUUUUAUUUUCGGAAACCAACACUACUCCUUGAUGGGAAGUCGCCCCCAAUCCCUGCAGUUCGUGGAAGUUGGCGGGGUGCACAUCACUCCAAAGGCGGAAAAGGAAUUACCAGAGAAUAUCACCAAUUUUCUCAGUCAGUCAAGCGAUGGAGUCAUCUUUAUAAGCUGGGGCUCCAUGGUUCGGGCUUCAAGCAUCGAUGAAGAUAAGCUAAAAGCCAUACUGGAAGUUCUAAGAAAUCAGCCCCUAAGAGUAAUUUGGAAAUGGGAGGCAGAUGAGACUCCAAAAACAGAUUCAUCUAAAUUUCUUUUUGUGAAAUGGGCUCCUCAACUAGCUCUUCUUUGUCACCCCAAAGUAAAGUUGUUUUGGGCCCAUGGCGGCUUACUUGGAACUACGGAAUCGGUUCAUUGCGGCAAACCCAUGCUAGUCACUCCAAUUUACGGAGAUCAAUUCCUAAAUGCAUUUUCUGUACAAAAUCGAGGAAUGGGACUAAAGUUGGACUAUGAAGAUAUUAACCAACCAAACCUAAGGAAAGUUUUCACUGAGCUGAGUAAAGAAAGUUACGCCCUACGAGCUCUUCAGAUCUCAAAGAUCUUUAAUCACCGCCAGAAUACUCCUCUGGAUUCGGCCAUUUGGUCGGUGGAACAUGUGAUCCAACAUGGAUUAGUUUCUGCCGAACUUCUCCAAUCCCCAGGCAUAGAACUUAAUGGAUUUAUCUACCACUCACUGGAUAGUGUAGCCCUGAUUUUGAUCCCUGCAAUUCUUCUGAUCAUCACCUUAAGCUACUUUUGCAGAAGAUUCCCAUCUACGUCUGCCAAACAGAAACUUGGCAGAAAACCAAAGAGAUCUUAG